CAGCCUUUUGCUUUCCAUUCCUUUUUUGGAUGCUGCCUUGUCAGUCUCAAGAGCGCGUUCAGCAGCAGAAAUUGUGGUGGAGCAAUAGAUGGGAAAUUGCACGACAUGAAAAACUGACCUGGUACACCCGGUUUUUGAAAGGAAAAGCAAAGGUAACAUCUUUUGUCUCAGUUUGGUGGGCUUUUAUUGAAUGGAUAAAAAAGAGAGGUCACAUUUGUCUCUUUCACAUGUCUCUCAAUUAAUUUGGGAUUGUUGGCAUCUGCCUGUCUUGGGAGACAACAGAGGAGUGCACUUUUGGGGCUGAGGUCAAACUGUUUGAAGGUUCUAGUUACAGGUAGGUCUAGCUCACUGGAAGGACAAAUUGUGAAGCUGAGGCUCCUAGACUUUGGCCACCUCAUGAGAAGAGAAGACUCCCUGGAAAAGACCCUGAUGUUGGGAAAGAUGGAGGGCACAAGGAGAAGGGGACGACAGAGGACGAGAUGGUGGGACAGUGUUCUUGAAGCUACCAGCAUGAGUUUGACUGCGGGAGGCCGUGAAAGACAGGAGUGCCUGGCGUGCUCUGGUCCAGGGGGGCACGAAGAGUUGGACAUGACUAAACAACAACAGCCGUGUUGGUCUGCCGUAGUCAAAACAACAACAACAACAAAAUUCCUUCCAGUAGCACCAUAGAGACCAACUAAGUUUGUUAUUGGUAUGAGCUUUCGUGUGCAUCCACACUGAUAUGCACAUGGUAUCUGAAGAAGUGUGCAUGCACACGAAAGCUCAUACCAAUAACAAACUUAGUUGGUCUCUAAGGUGCUACUGGAAGGAAUUUUUUUAUUUUAAGGUUGCAGCAUCUUCUGUGACUGCAGAGAAUGAUAUGGGAGAGACCUGUUUUGUUGCAUCUGGGGCAGAUGAAGGUGUCCGGUUGUGCUGCCGCAGAUGCACCACGGCGUUUCUUCUCUCUGUGCCCCUUCCAGCGGUCAUUCCUCCUCUGCUCACUGCUAUGGAUGCACAACCUGACUGCCUAUUUCCAAGCACUGUGGUUGUCUGAUUCCCACAUGGUGGGAAUUGGUGUUGCCAGCCUUCUGUCACGUUUGCAGACAUAUUCAGAUAUUAUUCAUCCCCGUAUUUAUAAUGCAGAGUUGGCCACACCUGCUGUUCUCUCAUUUCUCAUGAUGGCACUUUCAUCUCACCUGUCUGUAUCCUAUUGCAGAGAUCUGGAUAACUAGCGUCAUCAUUUUUUCUGAAGGCAGUCCUGUUUAGGGAAGCUUUUAAUGUUUGAUGCAUUACUGUAUAUUAAUAUUUUGUUGGAAGCCGCCCAGAGCGGCUGGGGAAGCCCAGCCAGAUGGAAAGGGUAUAAAUAAUAAAUUAUUAUUAUUAUUAUUAUUAUUAUUAUUAUUAUUAUUAUUUAAUGUAACUUCACGUGCCAGCCUUUAUUCGGUUCAGUUUUUAUGUGUUUCUCUUUUGUUAUUUGUGCUAUAUGAAUAGAAUUUAAUUUAAAAAACACUUUAAAGAGAGAGCGCAGAGACUGCAAACAAAAUCAAAGUGAGCCAUGCCGUAGGAGGGUCCCUGUGGGUUCUGGCAAGGGCUGAUGGGUGUUUUGGUCUGGGGAUACCUGGAGGGCAGCCGGUUGGCAAAGGCUUCCAUGUGCCGUAGUUCAAAAGAGAACACUCUGGGAAGUGAAGAGGCAGAGCCCCAGUGGCAAGCGAGGCUGAUCUGUCUCUUCCAUCCACCACCAGCUCCGGACCAUGAUGAAAGGAAAAGCACCUGAGCUGCAGGAAAGGGCUGCGCAGUCACUGAGCACAAAGCGUACUCCCCCCACAUCUCCUCUUCCUUUAUUUGACAGGUAGUCCUGCUGGAAAAUUUUGAAGAUGUCUCCAACAGAAUCGAGGAGAAGAAGAUGCUUCUCUCCAUCUUACAUAACCAAGAGGAACAGGAGCCACCCAGCUUGCUUUGUUGUUGUUUUGUCGUUUAGUCGUGUCCGACUCUUCGUGACCCCCUGGACCAGAGCACGCCAGGCACUCCUGUCUUCCACUGCCUCCCUCAUGCUGGUAGCUUCGAGAACACUGUCCAACCAUCUCGUCCUCUGUCGUCCCCUUCUCCUUGUGCCCUCCAUCUUUCCCAACAUCAUGGUCUUUUCCAGGGAGUCUUCUCUUCUCAUGAGGUGGCCAAAGUAUUGGAGCCUCAGCUUCAGGAUCCGUCCUUCCAGUGAGCACUCAGGGCUGAUUUCCUUAAGAAUGGAGAGGUUUGAUCUUCUUGCAGUCCAUGGGACUCUCAAGAGUCUCCUCCAGCACCAGAAUUCGAAAGCAUCAAAUCUUUGGCAAUCAGCCUUCUUUAUGGUCCAGUUCUCACUUCCAUACAUCACUAGCUUACCAGUCGGGCAUUAUUUUUAUUUCAUGAGGUGAAUAAACGACCGACAGGAAGACAUGCAAAUAUACCGCAGGAAGCAAUUCAGGAUGAACGAUCAAUAAACAGGAGGAGCCCAGUGUCCCACAUCCCUAGGGCUGGCAAAGGGGCUCUGGAUCAAAGAGAGUCCUGCUCAUUUCUGCCUGAAGGCAACUUGCAUGUUCUGGAAACUUGUGACCCAGCUAGCCAUUGGCCUGAGGCACCUCUCUCCAACCUGGUGCCCUCCAGAUAUUUUGGCUGCCCAGGGCUGACGGAAGUUGUAGUCCAAUACAACUGGAGGGCCCCGGGGGGCAACGUUGGCCUGAGAGAGACCAUCUCCCCCUUUUGAGAUCCUGUCUGGAGGGAUGCUGCCGUUCAGGGAAAACAGUGAGCCUUGUAACGCCAUUGAUGGCAGGGUCAGACCACACGACCGUUCUCUCUGUUGGAACCCAUGUAAAUGAGCUUGUGUGUAUGUGUGAUUUGGCUGUGUGUCAAAAAAAUCUAGUGAAUUCAGCCCUCUUACACACACACACACACACUGUAACUUAAAACGUUGUGCUUUCCCGACACCCACAACUUGAAGGAUCUGUAUGCACUGGAACUUUCAUGAGACUCGGUUGAACAGGUGCAAAUCCAGUGGGAACAGCAGCUUCCUGGGAGAUCUGCACAGGUGGAGUGGGGUUUUGGGUUCUUAGUCAUCCUUCUAGAUUUGGCCACCAAGCCCAACUUAAAACUUCACUCUGCAUUGGGACCCUGGUCCUGAGAGGGUAGGCAGAAAGAAGGGGUCUUUCUGAGUGAAAACUAACAGCCACCUUCCCCUUUUCCGCUUGCUCACACCUGCCAAGACGGGUUUUUAUGGCCGCCUCCGCUCAGCCCAGCUCCUCUUACGGACAGGUGACUCUGAUACCGUGGCUGUGACAGGUGACGUUCUCACUCUGCUCCUGGCUUGCAAAGGCGAUGGAUUAAGAUUAUGUUGAGGCACCAGAAAGAGUUUUUUGUUCAUCCAAUGCAGCAUGGAAACCCUGCAGUCUCUCCAGAUUAUCGGGUUUCUCCUCUGCCUCUCGGUGACGGAUAUCAAAGGGUAAGUUAUUCUGUCUCCCACAUCCUGAGUUCACUAUCCUCCUGCCAAACAUAAAAUGCACUUUUCCACUGUGCGUGUCGAGGAGCGGGAAUCAUCCUGUUCCAAGUCCAAGUCCAAGGCGGACCCUGGAUGUACUUUGGAAAGAGGACAUUUCCAUCCCUUCCGCCGAGUCAACAGCCAAGUUACCCAUUAUGUCAAAUCCUUCUGCCUGUUCUAUUAUUUCUGCUUCUUGACUUCUUGCUUGAACAGGCAGCUUUAGACUCCUGGGCACAAAAGAGUUGUGUUUCUUUCUCUUUUUUUAUGGGAUUGCAUGUUCUGCUUCUGUUGUGCAUUGUAUCCUUCCUUGGAGUCGAUCAAGUUGGAUGGUUAUGUCAAUAUUGUUAAUAAAUAAAUAACCGCAGAUGCUUUUAUAUGGAUAGCUGGCAAUGUACAUUUUGCAUUCCGCUAGUUAGCAGUCUGCAUACGGUUGCAGAGAGCAAAUAUUCAUGGCUAACGGUCCCCACCGUGAAAGAGCUUCAGCUCUCCUCACAUUUAACAUAGUCUCUUGCGGCAUCUGGAAGACAAAUGUAUGAUGUCAUAAGGUGUGAAGGAAUGAUAUGAACAACCCCUUGUUAAAUCCUUGGAGGCAAACUGAACAGUCACAUAAGGUGGGGUAUAAAUAUAAAUAGUUGUUUACACCUUUCUGUAAAACAACAGCAAAAAAAAACAACAGCUCUUUUGCAGGGGAGGGGCUUUAAAGGAGAAGAAGGGGAGAGGUGCAGUGAUUUACCCUUCCCAUGCUUACAGUUUCUUUGCUCCAAAUUGCCCCCUCCCCAAACAAUUUUUCUCUGCUAAGGCAGGAGGUUGGGGGGGGGAGCUGCUUCUCCCCACCCACCCACCUUCCCUCCCCUAUUGUUUUUAAGCACUGUCACCAUUAACAGCUUCAGUCCAGGGCCAGCUGCACAUGGUUUUGCUCCAAUGCCACGAGUGGGAUUUGCCUAGACCUGAUGAUGGAGAAAAGAAAGAUUUUCUGCAGCUGUUUUAAGAUUGGAGAAAUGUAGCGAAGACAGAGGGAGAGCCCAGGCAGGCAUUCCUUGGGGGGGGGGUGUCUGCUGUCCAUACAUCCAUUCAAAGCCCCUGGUAUCAAAGUGCCACGUUUACACUCCCCUCCUUCAAUCCAAAAUUCCUCCUGCCCUAAAUUACCGUAUUUUUUGCUCUAUAAGACGCACCUUUUCCCUCCUAAAAAGUAAGGGGGAAUGUGUGUGCAUCUUAUGGAGCGAAUGCAGGCUGCGCAGCUAUCCCAGAAGACAGAACAGCGAGAGAGAUCACUGUUCUAGUUUCUAGCUUAGCCAUGCAAAGCCUCCGCAGGGCAGCAGGGAGACUUCAUCACUGACGGGCUGUCCUUCUCCCACCUUGUAGAAAAGCCCGCAAGAGCCAUGCUCCCUUUAAAGAGCACACAGCUCUUGGCUGGCUUUUGCGGGAGGUGGGCGAAGGGAGAGGGCAGCGUAGCCACGCGCAGCCUCUUCUGGGCAGGGGGGGCCUUCAUCCCUCUGCCCGGGAGAGGCUUCACGUGGCUAUGCCAGAAGCCAGAACAGCAAGAGGCUAUCCCUCUUGAUGUUCUGGCUUCUGGGAUUCAGAAUAUUUUUUUCUUGUUUUCCUCCUCCAAAAACUAGGUGCGUCUUAUGGUCUGGUGCAUCUUAUAGAGCGAAAAAUAUGGAAGAACUGUCGGGGUUUUGAGUGGAGAUACUGUGAGUUGCCUUCUGUCCUGGUAGUCAAAACAAGCCCACAUUCCUAGCCUGAAGCUUUCUUCAUUCUCUGAGUGUGUCAUUUAUACCUGACUCUGGUUGUUAGAUCUCUGGGUUCUAAUUAAAAAAGCAAAGCGAUUCCUGCAAGUCUGCCUACACCUGACCUAAUCUGCUUACAUCUCUCCUAGCAGGGCAGAAGACAGAGUUCCAACCCUUACUAGGGAUGCCUGGGCUUAUGACACAGGUAGGCACCUCUCUUGGCAACUCUCCUUUGUGUAACGGCUCCCGUCGCUCCUGCCCAACGGCCCAUGGAGCCCCACGCCUCCAUCUCACGAUGCUUCUGUGCACGGCUGUCUUUAGCAUAUGCACCGCUGGGGUGCAAAGAUCCAGCCAGCGCCCCCAAAUGUAGUUUAGCCCCCGAGUUAACUUUUAUUAUUAGGCUUUUAUGGGUAUGUUCGUAGCAAAAGGAAGAACAAAGAAACAGUGGGGUCACUCAGAGGAGUAGAUGGUGAAAUGUAAACAGGGGACACAGAAAGGACUGAACUCCUCAAUGCCUUCUUUGCCUCAGUCUUCUCCGAUAAAGAAAACAAUGCCCGACCUGAAGAAUUUGGAGCAAAUGAUUCAGCAGAGGAAACACAGCCCAGAAUAACUAAGCAGAUAGUACAAGAAUACUUGGCUAGUUUAGAUUUAUUCAAGUCUCCAGGGCCAGAUGAACUGCAUCCAAGAGUAUUAAAAGAACUGGCAGAUGUGAUCUCAGAACCACUGGCAGUCAUCUUUGAGAAUUCCUGGAGAACAGGCGAAGUCCCGGCAGACUGGAGGAGGGCAAAUGUUGUCCCUAUUUUCAAAAAGGGGAAAGAGAGGACCCAAAUAAUUACCGCCCAGUCAGUCUGACAUCAACACCAGGGAAGAUUCUGGAGCAGAUCAUUAAGCAAACAGUCUGUGAGCACCUAGAAAGGAAUGCUGUGAUCACCAAUAGUCAGCAUGGAUUUCUGAAAAAUAAGUCAUGUCAGACUAACCUGAUCUCGUUUUUGACAGAAUUACAAGCCUGGUAGAUGAAGGGAACGCAGUGGAUGUAGCCUACCUUGAUUUCAGCAAGGCAUUUGAUAUUCUUGUAAAGAAGCUGGUAAAAUGCGGUCUUGACUAUGCUACCACUCAGUGGAUUUGUAACUGGCUGACUGACCGAACCCAAAGGGUGCUCAUCAAUGGUUCCUCUUCAUCCUGGAGAAGAGUGACUAGUGGGGUGCCACAGGGUUCUGUCUUGGGCCCAGUCUUAUUCAACAUCUUUAUCAACGACUUGGAUGAUGGACUCAAGGGCAUCCUGAUCAAAUUUGCAGAUGACACCAAAUUGGGAGGGGUGGCUAACACCCCAGAAGACAGGAUCACACUUUAAAACGACCUUGACAGAUUAGAGAACUGGGCCAAAACAAACAAGAUGAAUUUUAACAGGGAGAAAUGUAAAGUAUUGCACUUGGGCAAAAAAAAAUGAGAGGCACAAAUACAAGAUGGGAGACACCUGGCUUGAGAGCAGUAUAUGUGAAAAGGAUCUAGGAGUCUUGGUUGACCACAAACUUGACAUGAGCCAACAGUGUGACGCGGCAGCUAAAAAAGCCAAUGCAAUUCUGGGCUGCAUCAAUAGGAGUAUAGCAUCUAGAUCAAGGGAAGUAAUAGUGCCACUGUAUUCUGCUCUGGUCAGACCUCACCUGGAGUACUGUGUCCAGUUCUGGGUACCACAGUUCAAGAAGGACACUGACAAACUGGAACGUGUCCAGAGGAGGGCAACCAAAAUGGUCAAAGGCCUGGAAGCGAUGCCUUAUGAGGAACGGCUAAGGGAGCUGGGCAUGUUUAGCCUGGAGAAGAGGAGGUUAAGGGGUGAUAUGAUAGCCAUGUUCAAACAUAUAAAAGGAUGUCACAUAGAGGAGGGAGAAAGGUUGUUUUCUGCUGCUCCAGAGAAGCGGACACGGAGCAAUGGAUCCAAACUACAAGAAAGAAGAUUCCACCUAAACAUUAGGAAGAACUUCCUGACAGUAAGAGCUGUUCGACAGUGGAAUUUGCUGCCAAGGAGUGUGGUGGAGUCUCCUUCUUUGGAGGUCUUCAAGCAGAGGCUUGACAACCAUAUGUCAGGAGUGCUCUGAUGGUGUUUCCUGCUUGGCAGGGGGUUGGACUCGAUGGCCCUUGUGGUCUCUUCCAACUCUAUGAUUCUAUGAUUCUACGUCAAAGUGCAAGUAGAUAAAUAGGUACCGCUCCGGCGGGAAGGUAAACGCUGUUUCCGAGUGCUGCUCUGGUUUUCCAGAAGUGGCUUAGUCCUGCUGGCCACAUGACCCAGAAGCUGUACGCCGGCUCCCUCGGCCAGUAAAGCGAGAUGAGCGCCGCAACCCCAGAGUCAGCUACGACUGGACCUAACGGUCAGGGGUCCCUUUACCUUUACCUAUUCUAUAUUUGAGACCCUUGAAUUUUUACACAGAGGAUGAGCACGCUAAACACCAACUUUCUGACUGUUUGAGAGAGAAUUACUGAAUUUAGGACCGAAGCCUUAUUAGGAGUCGGGUCGGGAUAAGCCUGGAGAAAAGGAGACUGAGAGGCAGGACGAGAGCCAGUGUCUUCAAACACUUCAAGGACUGCCCCUUGGAAGGUUUUCUGCUGCCUCAGAAGGCAGGACCCGAACCCAGGGCUUCAAGUUACAAAAAGGGCGAUUCCGACCCAACAUCAAGAAUAGGCUUCUGACAGUGAUUGCUGUUUGACAGUGGAACGGAUGACCUUGGGAGAUGAAGGACUCUCCUUCCUUGGAAGCUUUUAAGCAGACGUUUGAUGACCAUCUCUCAGGGAUUCUGUCGCUGAGAUUCCUGCCUUGCAGGGGGUUGGACUAGAUGACCCUUGGGGUCCCUUCCAACCCAACAACUCAAUGACGUUCAUCUUAAUGCCCGUGAAGUCUUCCCUCUCCUCCCCAAACCCCACAAAUCUUGUCCUGCCCUCCAUAUACACACAGAUGCACCAACUCUGCGGCACAUUUUUGCAAGCAGCAGAACUCCAAAUAAAUGGCUGGCAACAAUCACAAAAGAAAAAAACCCCCACUUUAUUCUCUUUUGGAAAGCAAAAAUACAGAGUUGUCUUUGUUUUCCACACGGCGGAUGGUGUUCCCUCGUGUGUCCCUUCCGCUGGAGCAGCCUGGUCCCCGUGGAAGAGGCUGGGAUCCCUUGCGUGGGCACAGGGAUCAAGCCCUAGAUUUCCCCACUCAGGCAGAGCCAACAGCAAAAUGCCCCCCUGGCAGGGGACAAACCUCCUUGAGCUGGAUGAGCAAAGGCAGGCUCUGUGCGCACCGUCAGAGGGGCUUCCUAGGAGCACGAUCUCCCGUGGGUUUCCAUCAGUCUCUCUGCACACAAAAAGUCCCUUUUGGCAAGUCCUCCUGGGCCAGCCUGCGGCCUCCCCAGCUAGUUCUCUCCCGCCUCAUCAUAGACGGGGUUGACGUAAGCACCACUCUUGGGCUCUUCUGCAAAGUCCUUCUGGCUGGUGGGCGGCCACUUUGCGUCCUCCUCCAGCUGCCGCUGCAGCUUCCGGUACUUGCUGGAGGAGCGGAAGCGGAAGAGGGCCUUGAUCAGAAGCCAGAGGCGGUGGUUCUGGAGGAUGCCGUCCUGCAAAGAACAGGGGAGCAUGAGAAAGGGGCCCAUCCAUUCUUAAAAAAAAACCAGAAGCAUUUUUACCUGGUAUUAUACAGGUGAAACUCGGAAAUGAACUUUUACUUCAGUAAUUCAGCUUAAAAGGUGAAACUAAUAUAUGAGAUAGACUCAUGACAUGCAAAGCGAGAUAUGUCAAGCCUUUAUUUGUUGUAUUUUUGAUGAUUAUGGCCUACAGCUGAUGAAAACCCCAAAUUAACAGUCUCAGAAAAUUAGAAUAUUAAUUCUAAUGCUGACUUCAUUUUCCAGCAGGACGUUGGCACCUGCCCACACUGCCAAAGUACCAAAACCUGCUUCAAUGCCCAUGGGAUUACUGUGCUUGAUUGGCCAGCAAACUCACCUGACCUGAACCCCAUAGAGAAUCUAUGGGGCAUUGCCAAGAGACAGAUGAGAGACAUGAGACCGAGCAAUGCAGAAGAGCUGAAGGCUGCUAUUGAAGCUUCCUGGUCUUCCAUAACACCUCAGCGGUGCCACAGGCUGAUAGCAUCCAUGCCACGCCGCAUUGAGGCAGUAAUUGAUGCAAAAGGGGCCC